AGGAAGAUCUGUAACCCUGCCGUUUUCGACAUUUUUCAAUAAUCGCCCAGUAUCUCGAUAGUGUGAGGAGCUAUUGAUGAUUUGAUUGGGCAAUCGUUACUUUAACGAAAAAAGAAGUCACGACAUCUUAACUACUUUUUUUCUAUCUCCUUUAGUUUUCAGUAUACACUGCAAAACAUACCAAUUUGGGACACCCUGUACAUAUGGGGACUGCUGAAAAAGGCAGACCGAUCCACCGUCUGACAUUCCGGAAUUGUGGACUAAAAUUAAAAAUGUUUCGUGCCAGAAGGCAUCUUUACAUCUGUUUUAUCGGGAACGUCGUUGUGAAUAAUGUUUGCAAUGUUAUAUCAUGUGUGAGUAUUUUUAUUGCUCUUAAUAAAUAUUUUUUAAUAAAUUGUUUUUAUUUGUCACCAACCUUCUUGUUACGAAGUUUUUUUUUGUUUAUUUGUUAUUGUUUUAGUAAUAUUUUACUUAAAUAAAUAAUUUACUAAUGUGAGCUUUUUUUAGGAUAAUAAACACUCCAACUUUUAUGUUGGACACAUUAUCACAUCCCAAGAGUGCCAGCCUUCAAAAUGUUCAAGCCUUGCCUCGACUACUACAUCGUCCAGGAACACAAAAAUAUUACAUUAUUUUACCAAAGAAUACUGUAUCUGCAGCUGUUCCAUCACAAACCCAACUGGUGACAUCAAAAACUGAUCCACCUGCAUUUAAAGUAUAUCCAUCACAAAACCAACUAUUGAUGAAAACAAAGACUUCUUCACCGGUAUUUAAAGUAAUCCCAAAAGUUAUGAUGGCAUCAAAUACUGUUGGAUCUAGAGCAAACCCAAAUGCGGCUGUGCCAUCACAAACCCAACUGGUGACAUCAAAAACUGCUCCACCUGCACUUAAAGUAUAUCCAUCACAAAACCAACUAUUGAUGAAAACAAAGUCUCCUUCACCAGUACUUAAAGUAAUCCCAAAAGUUAUGAUGACAUCAAAUACUGUUGGAUCUAGGUCAAACCCAAAUGCGGCUGUGGCAUCACAAACCCAAAUGGUGACAACAAAAACGACUCCACAUUUACGUAAAGUAAUACUUUCACAAAACCAACUAUUGAUAAAUACAAAGACUUCUUCACCGGUACUUAAAUUAAUCCCAAAAGUUAUGUUGGCAUCUGCCAGCACUGUUGGAUCUGGAACUCCAACUAUACUGAAAGAAAUCCUAACUAAAGAUCUAAUAAAUCGCUCGACAACUUUGUCAAAGGCACAUACAUAUACAACAGUCGUAAUCCAGAGUGAAUGUGCUUCGCCCAAAUAUGUUAAUCCUUUCAACUAUACUCCUGACGUAAAAAACACUUUAUCAUCCAUUGGCACACAAAAAAUAGCCAAUGCAAUGAAAAACGACCAACAUUUAAUGCAGGAAAAAGUAUUCGCUUGGAACUGUACAAUUUGCAAGGAAGAAUUCCAUGAAAAAGAACUUCUUCUGGAUCACUACGAAAUACACAAAAAUACCACAGAUCAGCUUGGUGAUAUCGACGAAAAUAACGAUGCAUAUAACAUUAGUGGCAAAGAUGUAACUUGUCCAAUUUGUUUGACGACCCAUAUUAAUAUAACUUACUAUCAACAACAUGUUGGUAAUAAACACAAACCAAAAGACCAUAAUUGUGAUAAGUGUAAACAUGCUUUUACUGACGAUUUUGACUUGAGUGUACAUAAUACCAAGCACAAUCACGAUCCAGAAUUGUAUGAGUGCGUUGUAUGCAAGAAGUUUCAAACAAAUAACACUAGAACCUUAUACGAUCAUAUAUCCAAAGAGCAUGUAAAAGAGGAAAUGUAUUGCAAUGAAUGCGACAAGACAUUCUUAUCGAAGGCGUGGUUCGACAUUCACAAAAUAUUUCACGUAGGGGACAAAGUGUACAAGGGGACAAGGCUUAUUAACAAAAGGCAUACUUAUAAAUGUAGCCGAUGCGAAUCUGAGUUCACUUCCAACUAUUCGUUGAUGAAACAUAUGCAAGGAUCCCACACCAAAUACAAAUGCAAUCAGUGUGAUGUAACCUUUCCCUACAAGCAAAAUUUGGACAUACAUAACAGCCAUUUGCAUGUAACUGAAGGAGAGUUUCUUUGUAAUGAAUGUGGGAAAACAUUUACAAAAUUAACCAAUCUUAGGUCUCACGAAACAGUCCAUAAGGAGGCUAGGUUUGUUUGUUCUGUUUGUGGUAGAAUAUUUAAGAAGAAAGAAGGCCUUGACAUUCAUACGAGAGUUCAUACUGGAGAAAAACCACAUCAAUGCUAUUUCUGUGGUAAAACUUUCAUGUCCAGGAGCGGUUACAACAGACAUACUAGAAGUGUCCAUACUGGCAAGCGACCAUAUCCUGGUUCCGCUCAGAUGAGACGUAAGCGAGUCCAUACCAAGGAAAAACCAUAUUCUUGUUCCCAAUGUAACAAAUCUUUCUCCAUUCCAUCCCUUCUUUCGAUACACAUGCGAGUCCAUACUGGGGAGAAACCAUAUUCUUGUUCCAUGUGUAACAAAGCUUUCGCUCAGGUAGCUGCUCUUAGGAUACAUGAGCGAAUUCACACCGGCGAGAGGCCAUAUCCUUGUUCCGUUUGUGAGAAAUCUUUCGUCGAUGGAGCGGCUCUUUUGAGACAUAUGCGAGUCCAUAGUGGGGAGAAACCAUAUCUUUGUUCCAUAUGUCAUAAAGGUUUCUCCCAGUCAACCAGUCUUCAGGUACAUAUGAGAAUCCAUACUGGAGAGAGAACAUAUCCUUGUUCCAAAUGUAAUAGAAUGUUUAUUACCAAAGCCAUUAAAGAUAAGCAUCAGAAAAAGUGUAAUCAUUUUCAAUAGUUCCGUAGUAUGUUUUAUUGCUCUUAAUAAACAUUUCUUUAUAAA